AGCCCGAGAACUCUAGUUGUGUUUAAAAUUGCUGCUUCGCUCUUGCGUCUCCAUCGCUAAACUGAGAUGCCUGCCAUGUGUUCGUUGAAAUGCCCGAGCGAAACUCGUGUGGCAAAUCUGAAGGAGUGUUAUCAUGCUUAGCAUCUGGAGUGGGUUGUUGUUCGGUACAGACGUUUAAAAUUCCGGUCAUGCGUAAUGUUUGUGUGCAUGAGUAAGUCGUUGAAGCACGUUCGCGGGAUUGAAGUUUGUGUUUGCCGGUCGUGGAAGAAGUCGAGAAAGGUCUUGAGUGAAUUUUACCUGUAAAAUGUUUGUGUGUUGAUUUUUGUAGUAAGAUGUAUGAGCGUGAGGUUCGAAACACUCUCUCUGCAUUGCUUAUUUCGCAAGUGAAAGUUGAGUUUGAAGUCGAUGUCAAUAUUUGCUUGAAAAGUGAUCGGGAUUGAAACUAUUCUUCACUGAUAUGAAUUAAACCUUUUCUAGAAGCAUCUGGAUUGAAAUGUUGCAUUAGUAUCGCAUAGAGAAUAAUUUUCCGAGAUGCUCACCAUUUGUUGGACGAAAUGCAUAAGUCAGAUUUGUGAUUGUUAGCUUGUGUUAUUGAUCAUAUGGAAAGCAAUCCGUCAUGUCUCGGAUGAUUUUUUUUUUUUUAAAAAACUAACUACUUGUGGUGUUUGCUAGUCCAUUUCCUGUCAAGCUAGAUUUAUCUUCACUUAUUGAUGAUCUGAUUUUAUCUUCUUCGAGUACUUUACUGACCACCCUUUCCGCUAUUGUAUGCAUUCUAUGUGACUCAAUGGUGAUUAGCGGUGGUUUCCGGCGAGAAAUAUGGUUUCAAAUCACUGAUACGCAUGACGAUUUUCUGCUAAAUUUCAUUAGCCGCAUUCCAGUUUUUACGUUCUCCUUAGCCCAGUGGAGCCGAAACUGCACAGCUUCCAUGUCUGCAACAGCGCCAAGUUCUUCAUUCAAUCUGGUGUCAAACCUUGACCUGCAAAGAUGGCGACUCACAAGCAUCGGGCCACAACAUUCUCCAUCUUCAAUUCACUUUCUUGUUCAACCUCAUUGUAGCAAGGGCGCUCCUUGUCUUGCUUCACCUCUGUUUUCUUCCCCAGCUGGUGGUGAAAAUGUUGCAAAAACUGAGAACCUUGAAGAGGGUAGGCCGAGUUUCAAGUGGGUCGAGGUGGGACCUCAUGCUACUGAGGAGCAAAGGAUUGCCAUAUCUAAUCUUCCUUUUAAGAUGACAAAAAGGUGCAAGGCGUUGAUGAGGCAAAUCAUAUGUUUUGAUCCUCAAAGGGCGAGCUUGUCAGAUGUUUUGGCUGCUUGGGUGAGGAUUAUGAAGCCCAGUAGAGCCGAUUGGCUCGCAGUUCUGAAAGAAUUGAAGAAGCUGAAUCAUCAUGCUCAUCUUGAGGUGGCAGAACUUGCUAUGUUAGAAGAAUCUUUCGAAGCUAAUGUUCGUGACUAUACAAAACUAAUCCAUUGGUAUGGAAAGCAAAACCAACUUCAAGAUGCAGAAGAAGCUCUUCUAGGCAUGAAGCAAAGAGGCUUUAUCUGUGAUCAGGUUACCUUGACUGCUAUGGUUGAUAUGUACAGCAAGGCUGGGCAUUUUGAGCUGGCGAAUAAAACAUUUGAAGAAAUCAAGCUGCUUGGAUUGCCAUUGGAUAAAAGGUCAUUUGGCUCAAUGGUCAUGGCCUACAUUAGAGCUGGAAUGCCUGAACAAGGAGAGAUUUUACUGAGAGAAAUGGAUGAACUAGAGAUCUUUGCUGGAAGUGAAGUUUACAAGGCACUAUUGAGAGCGUAUUCCAUGAUUGGCAACACUGAUGGAGCUCAGAGGGUUUUUGAUGCUAUUCAGUUUGCAGGGAUUAUUCCAGAUGCUAGGCUAUGCGGGCUACUUAUAAAUGCCUAUGCAACUACAGGACAAAGUGACAAGGCCCUUGUUGCCUUUGAGAAUAUGAGGAAGGCCGGUAUUGAACCUAGUGAUAAAUGUGUGGCCCUCGUUCUGCAUGCAUAUGAAAGAGAGAACAAGAUAAACAAAGCACUGGACUUUCUGAUAGAUUUGGAGAGAGAUGGUAUCGUAAUUGGAAAAGUAGCAUUCGAAAGACUUGCUGGAUGGCUCCGCAGACUCGGGGUGGUAAAACAAGUGGAGCUAGUCUUAAGAGAGUAUGCAGUGGAGCUAGUCUUAAGAGAGUAUGCAGCUAAGGAAACUAAUCAUGGAAUGUGCACGUUUUAGAUAAAUUGAAGCUUCCUGAAAAGCUCUAUUUAUGGCCUGAUUCUGGGUGAAAUGUGGCUGCAUAUGGGAUGAUAAAUCCCAACCCUACUUAUAUGAAAGAUAAAGGAAGAUGGUUACAGAAACAGGCUGGAUAUGGAGUUUAUGCCUUCUGGUGCAUCCAUGUACAUGAUGCUUGCACGUUUGCUUCAAGGCAUAUAAGGGAGUUUGUUAUUUCUCUAGUUCCAAAUCGUGAAGGAUGAGAAUAGAUUUGGGAAUCUGAUCUGACACCCGUUGAAUGCUAGAUCUGGGGUUUUGAGCGAGGAGCUAAACUGUAACUUUUGUAGGACCGAAUACAAAUGAGGGAGGACAAAUCCAAAGGCUUCUUGAUCAUGUGUUUUUCGUUUUUCGAAAGGCAGAAACUGAAGUCCAAAACUUAACCGGUGAACUCAUCAGUGACUAUGAUGUUUCAGGCUGUUAUUGGACGUAUUCUUGGAGACUCAAUGCUCGGAUCUUAUCUCUUAGCUGCUGUUUCAACUUGAGGAGCUUUACUGUAAGAUGUUCUUUACAUAAUUUCUAGUUGUAAAGGGGAGAUUUUUUUUGUAUUAUUCAAUAAUAGUCAAUAUAUACAUUAAGUUUGUCCAAUA